UCUUCUUCUUCCACCCUCUGCCGUUCAGCAUUACUUUCUCAACAAUCACUGCAUAAAUAUCAGUUAUUGCACCCAUUCUAUAUUAAGCUUAGACUACUUAGUUGCACCACCAAUAUCAGAAACUCGGUGAUUGUGACAGAGUUUCUGUUUUCUAUAAAAGUUUGUGUUUUUGUUUUUGUCCCGUUGAACUUCAAGUUAUGGAACAGAAAAGCAUUCUGAUAUCGGCUUUGGGUGUUGGGGUGGGUGUUGGAGUGGGCAUUGGAUUGGCUUCUGGACAAGGCGUUGGCAAAUGGGUAGCCAACACUUCUUCCUCAAACACUAUCACUGCUGAGAAGAUGGAGCAGGAAAUGCUCAGACAAGUUGUUGAUGGAAGAGAAAGCAACGUCACUUUUGAGAAAUUCCCUUAUUAUCUCAGUGAGCAGACAAGGGUUUUGCUGACAAGUGUGGCUUAUGUCCAUUUAAAGCAUGCUGAUGUUUCUAAAUAUACACGGAAUCUUGCUCCUGCAAGCAGAACUAUUCUGCUCUCAGGACCAGCAGAGCUUUACCAACAGAUGCUUGCCAAGGCUUUAGCUCAUUAUUUUGAGGCCAAGUUACUGCUGUUAGAUUUAACCGACUUUUCAUUGAAGAUUCAGAGUAAAUAUGGUUCUUCCAACAAAGAAUCUUCUUUCAAAAGAUCCACUUCAGAGUCUACUUUGGAACGGCUAUCCGAUCUAUUUGGAUCAUUUUCAAUCUUUUCACAAAGGCAAGAACUUAAAGGAAAAAUGCACAGGCCUAGCAGUGUAAUAGACCUCCAAUCAAUGGGUACCGAAGCAUCUUGUAAUCCUCCACCACUCCGUAGGACUGCUUCUUCCUCUUCAAACAUAAGUGGCCUUUCUUCCCAAACCAAUGCUACAAAUUCAGCUUCUCUGAAGCGCGCAACCAGCUGGUCUUUUGACGAAAAGCUUCUUAUACAGUCUCUUUACAAGGUUCUGGUUUUCGUGUCAAAAACCUAUCCCAUUGUGCUAUAUUUGCGGGAUGUUGAUAAGCUGUUAUACAAAUGGCAAAGAAUAUAUUACUUGUUCCAGAAAAUGUUGAAAAAACUAUCUGGAUCCAUUUUGAUUCUUGGUUCACGAGUUAUAGAUUGUGGUAAUGACUAUGAAGAGGUGAAUGAGAAGCUUGAUUCACUCUUCCCAUACACCAUAGAAAUCAGGCCCCCAGAAGAUGAGUCACAUCUUGUCAGCUGGAAGUCUCAAUUGGAAGAGGAUAUGAAGAUGAUACAAGUUAAGGAUAACAAAAUUCAUAUCAUGGAAGUCCUUGCAGCAAACGAUCUCGAUUGUGAUGACCUAGAUUCCAUAUGUGUGGAAGACACAAUGGUUCUCAGUAACUAUAUAGAAGAGAUCAUUGUGUCAGCAAUUUCGUAUCAUUUGAUGAAAAACAAAGACCCUGAAUACAGAAAUGGCAAGCUCGUUAUUUCUUCCAAUAGCUUGUCCCAUGCAUUGAGUAUAUUUCACAAGGGGAAAUGCAGUAGAGAAGACACGUUAAAAUUAGAAGAUCAAGCUGUAAAAUCAGAGAAACAAAGCGAGAAAGGAACUGAUAUGAAAUCAGAAGCAAAGUCUGAAAAUGCUGCUCCUAUAAAAAAGGCUGAAGCAGAAAUAUCAACUUCGGUGGGCAAGGCGGAUGGUGAAAAAUCAGUUCCUGCUCCCAAAGCCCCUGGAGUUCCUCCUGAUAAUGAGUUUGAGAAGCGAAUAAGGCCUGAGGUAAUACCAGCAAAUGAGAUUGAUGUUACAUUCUCUGACAUUGGUGCCUUGGAUGAGACCAAAGAAUCCCUUCAAGAACUAGUGAUGCUUCCUCUUCGAAGGCCGGACCUUUUCACCGGGGGCCUUCUAAAGCCUUGUAGAGGAAUAUUGCUAUUUGGGCCUCCUGGCACUGGGAAGACCAUGCUGGCAAAGGCCAUUGCAAAGGAGGCUGGAGCAAGUUUCAUCAAUGUUUCCAUGUCUACCAUCACUUCUAAAUGGUUUGGUGAAGAUGAGAAGAAUGUUCGUGCUCUAUUCACACUUGCUGCCAAGGUCUCCCCAACUAUUAUAUUUGUGGAUGAGGUUGAUAGCAUGCUUGGGCAACGUACCAGAGUAGGGGAGCAUGAAGCCAUGAGGAAAAUAAAGAAUGAAUUUAUGACCCAUUGGGAUGGACUUUUGACAAAGCCAGGAGAGAGAAUCCUUGUUCUUGCUGCAACCAAUAGGCCAUUUGAUCUCGAUGAAGCUAUUAUUAGGCGAUUUGAAAGAAGAAUUAUGGUAGGACUACCGUCUGUGGAAAACAGGGAAAAGAUUUUGAAGACUCUUUUAGCAAAAGAGAAUAUGGACACCGAACUUGAUCUUAAGGAACUUUCAACUAUGACAGAAGGAUAUACUGGAAGUGAUCUUAAGAACUUGUGCACAACUGCUGCUUAUCGGCCCGUUAGAGAGCUAAUUCAGCAAGAGAGACUAAAGAGUUUGGAUAAAAAGCAGAAAGCUGCCAAGAGACAGAAUGAAGAUGUCCAAGAUAGUGAAGGUGGACAAGAAAUUGAGCAAGAAAUAGUUAUUGCCCUUAGGCCGUUGAAUAUGCAGGAUUUCAAAGAGGCCAAGAAUCAGGUUGCUGCAAGCUUUGCAGCUGAAGGGGCUGGAAUGAGUGAGUUGAAACAAUGGAAUGAUUUGUAUGGAGAAGGGGGUUCAAGGAAGCAGCAGCAGUUGUCUUACUUCCUAUGAAGUUUACUGAGGCUGUAAAGUGCAUUUUCAGUGGAACAAUGAGGGAACAUUUUCUUUCACUGUUACCUAUCAGACAUCUACUUACACUUUCUGAGAAUAUCUGGUUUCCUUCUGCUUAGGAACUAAGCUAUACAAAGGCUAUGAAUAUGAUACUUACAAUGGUAACUUCUGUUACCUCAUUAGAAAAAUGUUUUAAUGGUUUUUGUCAAUCAGUACAAGCAAGAGUAGCGAUAUUUAUUGGCAUUAUAUUUGGUGUAUUGUAGUUUUAACAUGUAACGUAAAUUAGAAAUAAGAGAUGAUUCAGUGUGGGACUUGGUAGAUUCAAAAUCUUGAUGAAUUACGUGUAAAGUACCUAUUGUUUUGUCAACCUCAAUAUAUAAUAUAGAUGUGCACAAUUUAUGUAACCAAUAAA